GUCACCCCAGUGGGGGUCUGAAACAUAAUGCUUAUUAUUAUUAUAUCUUUUGUUUUAAUGAGGAAUAGAAAAUUAGGAUAUUUUUAUCUUUAUUUAUUUUUUUAAUCUUGGACCAAUCAGCCAAAUAUUUCAGUUAACAAGUAUCCAUGCCUGCAAUGACAUGUAGUGACAAUCACUAAACAUUCCUCAAUUUUUUCUUGAACCCAUCGGUCAACUCUUCUUCUAUUUCCAUAUAAACCCUCAAAACCAAUCUCACCACUCACCUCAAAACCCAUCUAAAUUUUCUCUCUAAAUUAUCAAAAAAAUAAAAAUAAAAAUUCAUGGGUUCUGAAACACUGUCUGCCAAGCUUCCAACGGUCGAAUUCACGGGCGAAAACUUGAAGCCUGGCAAGAGUUCUUGGAUCGCCACGUGCCACGAAGUCCGUCGAGCACUCGAAGAGCAUGGUUGCUUUGUGGCAGUGUAUGAAAGAGUUGAUUUGGAGCUUGAUGAAGCAAUAUUCAGUGAAUUGGAGGAAUUGUUUGAUCUCCCAACAGAAACCAAAGUCCAAAACACUUCUGAUGUGCCUUACUUUGGCUAUGUUGGACAAUUGCCGUAUAUUCCUUUAUAUGAGAGUAUGGGGAUUAGUGAUCCACAGACUCUCCAAGGAACUCAAACUUUCACUAAACUCAUGUGGCCUGCCGGUAAUGACAAAUUCUGUGAAACAGUUUGUUCAUAUUCAAAGCUAGUCUCUCAACUAGAACAGACAGUGAAGAGAAUGGUAUUUGAAAGCUAUGGUGUAGAGAAGUGUUUUGAAAAUCAUGAUAUUGGAUCAACCAGUUACCUUCUUAAAGCCACAAAAUACAAAGCUCCCAAGAUCAAUGAGAUGGAUAUUGGGCUAACCAGUCACACUGACAAGAGCUUCAUAACAAUACUUCAUCAAAACCAAGUUAAUGGUUUGGAGGUGAAGUCCAACAAUGGAGAGUGGAUUGGUUUUGAGGAGCACUUGCCUUCAUCUUUUGUGGUCAUGGCAGGAGAUGCUUUCAUGGCAUGGAGCAACAACAGAAUACAUUCACCUUCCCAUAGAGUUGUUAUGAGAGGGGACAAAACAAGAUACUCAUUGGGACUCUUUUCAAUCAACAAAGGGACUAUACAUAUACCUCGAGAGCUUGUUGAUGAACAACACCCACUUCAGUUUCACCCAUUUGAUAAUUUAGGAUUACUUCUGUACUCUUACGCAGAUGUGUAUACCAGAAGUGAAAGCUGUAUUAAGGACUACUGUGGUAUUUAGAGCUCAGAUUUGCUAAAAUUCAACAUCUCAACUUUACAUGUGAA